UAACUAAUGCAAUCUGUUGUAUUGUUUUGACAGAAUGUUUUCUAAUGCAUGUAACUGCGAAGUUGUAUAUUAAUUAAGGGCACUUGUAUCUAAUUUCAUUUGUCACGUGUAGCUUAUAGCAAAUGGUGUACUAAACACAGCUACAGAAUAAGAUUUACGGAGUAAUGUAUUCAGGUUAAAUAAUGAUAGUCAGAUAACGAUUUGAUCCUCUUUCUCUGAGUAAUAGUUCUAGAUGAGCCGAGAUAGCUCAGUCAGUGUAGCAACUAGGCUAUGGGCUGGAUGGCUGAGGAGUCUGUGUUCUAUACCCGGCAGGGGACAUGUCCAGUGGUAUCAAGUCACCAGACAACAAAAUAGACUGGAAAACAGUGGAUCUUUACAAUAAAUCACUUCCCGAAGAUAUUAAUAAGAAACAUGUCAUCCAUACAACGGGUACUAUAAAAAUAGAGGGUUUAAGCAUAUUCUACCGCAAGGCAUCACCUCCUGUCAGUGUCAAACCUUCUGGACAAACCAUUCUCCUUCUUCAUGGUAGAAGUUUCACUUCAGAAAUAUGGCAGAAAUAUGGAACAAUGGAUUUAAUGGCAGCUUUUGGCCAUCUUGUUAUAGCAGUUGAUUUACCAGGUUAUGGAAAAAGUACAGAACCUUACCAUGGUGAUCGAUCGAAGUUUAUUCUCUCCAUAAUACGGUCAGAACUUUUGAGUGGUAGCCGUCCUGUCCUGAUCUCACCCUCCAUGAGUGGUGAAUACUCUAUGAAGUUUGUGGGUGAACAUGCAGAUAUGUUGUCAGGUUACAUCCCGGUUGCUCCAGUGGCAACAGGUUCAGUACCUCAGAGUGUCCUGCAGACUGUAAAGGUACCAACACUGAUAGUGUAUGGUGAAAAUGACAAGACACCAAUGGCGAAACAGGCUCCUAAUAACUUAAGAAUUAUGCCAAACAGCCAAGAAGUUCCAUUGAAGAACGCCGGACAUGCAGCUUAUUUGGAUGUCCCUGAUGUGUUCCACAAGUUACUGUAUAAUUUUAUGGAACUCUUACAUCAGUGACCUACAGAACCUUUGUUUUAUUUAUGAGGAUCAUUCAAAUGAAAGCAGUUUGUGUGUUCAGCCAUGUUCAUCACUCUUUAAGAUAUCACUAAAUUGAUGUGGAUUUAUUUUUUGCAAAGGCAAUCCAUCAGCUGUUGUGUCAGUAGGAUCACUACCUCACUGCCCAGGGGGACUGUUUGUGGUGGCCUGACUCCUAUAUCUAUGAAUUCAAUUAGGUUUAAUGGGCUCAUGCAGUUCUGAAAUGUGUGGAAGGAAGUCUACAUCCUUCCCACCUUCAGGAAAAUUAAUGGUAAUUGUUACUAGUGCUCCUAAUCUGUAAAUUACUGAAAAGUACUUUGGUCUCUCACUAUGCUACAAACCGGAAGGUCGCAGGUUCAAAUGCCAAUGGGUUGGAUUUUUUCAAUUUACCUAAUCCUUC